AUGGGUGACCUCGCGACACAACAAAUAGAAAAUGAGCUUCAGAAUGCCACCGGCCAGGCCGGCGCGCGAGCUGGGCCUAGCAAACCACGAGUCUCCUCUGGGAAGUUGGUCAUGCCAUCAAGACCUCAAACGCGCCCUGUUAUGCCCGCUGUAAGAGCGAAGAAGACUGGUGAAGGCAAAACUCUCAGACGCAUCGGACGUGGUCCUUCUCGCGACAGAUUCGAUCAGCUAAGCUCUCCAGAGAAAGGGAGCCGCAAACCAAAGAUCAAAGCUAUUCCGAAUGGGACCAUUUCACCCAGACGUGAUGACGCUCGCACUGUGGUCAGUCAGCCUUUGCCUACGGAACGGCCAGAAGUUGCGGAUUCAGCGCCAGCGUUGACGGCACUGAAUGCGCAGAAGUCGCCGCAUCGUUCUCCGGGAAAACGCACUGGUGGGCCAGCUCAUACAGAGGAGGAGCCACCUGAGGAAGCCCGCCGUGCGCAGUGUUCUCCUGUAGCAGACAAAUCUUCACAGGCACUUGCUAAUGCUGUCGAGAGUAAUAUGGGCGCUGGACCUGGCAGCAAUGAGCUUGAAUCUCAGGCCGACCGCCAAUCUGCCAAAGAUCUCGAAGCUGCUAGCGAAAAAACUGCUGCAACUAGACGCAAGACCAGGAACACUCGAAGCUCCAAGCCCGUUGCAUCAUCAGCCAGGGAGCCAGCCUCGGGUGGUGUCGAUCGCACUUCUCCCCAGGUUGUGAUUACUUAUGCGGAGAGAACCCAGGCUUCAAAGAGAGCAAUCGAGAGACCUGUGAAUCGCAAGCGUCCCGUAGAUCCUCAGCAAAGUAUUGCAGGCGAUGAAAUCGACCUCGCGGGUCCCAAUAAUGACGAGAUUCACCAAACAUUUGAGCAGCCUAGGAAACGGAGAGCCGUCACACCUGAAGCGACAGUCCAAUCUGUAGAGACUAUGGAGCGCAUUGACCUGGGGCAAUAUCAUGAGUUGUAUGGCCAGCAGUCUUUGUUGCGUCAAGCAUACAAGACCCUCGGCGACAUCGGAUGGUCUCACCGUGAGGGCAUAAAGUAUAGCAAGUCUGUUGUGGACCUUGAUGAUGCCCAGGUGAUAUCGUUGAAGAACCUCUGUCGGGAAGCAAAGUCCAAGAUGUCUGAAUUGRAAGCAGUUCCAGAUGAUCUAGAGAUGGCGUCAGAUGCGCCGGAAGAACUGGCCAGGAUUUGCGAGGAAGUCCGCGCUUUGGAGACAACACAGGCAUACUUUGUGAACGAAGACAAGGUCAACAACAUCUACUUCCAUCUGUUUGCRAAUCUGACAAAGCUCGUACGACAUGCGGUUGACUGUUACGGAGAGAUGGACAAGGAGGAUGGUGAGCUAACACCGCAACGGUCCAUCACCAUCCAUCACUUGGGCGUCGUUGCCUCGCUUCUACGCGCGAUCACUUCACUGUACGACACGGUGUGCAAGAAAUACUGCAGUCCCACAGAAGGGCUGAAUGUCAAGCAGCCCGUCAAAGAGAUCGUAGCGGCACUGAGACCAGUGCAGGACAGAUUCAUCCGCGAAAUACGCCGACAUCAAGAACGAGAACAAGAAAAACUGGAGCAUGCAGCCCGUGCUGAAGCGGACAGAACGAUCGAAGAACGACUUGAAAGAGAAGACGCCCUCGCCAAACAACGCGCCGAAAUCCGAGAGCAAUGGAUGAGACUCCAUGAUGAACGAUGGCACGUUGAACCCAGCCUCCGACCCAGGUGGAAAAUUGCCCACCUCCGCGUACCUGAUCUCGAACCAGACACAGACGGCAACGGCGAACCCUUUGAGCGAUUGGAAGUCUUCGCCCCACGAUUCGGACCUUCACUCGCUUCCACGGAGAAAGCUCGACAGAUCGACUGGACUGCCAUUGAAAUCGAUGCUUUGCGAACGGGACUCGAGGAAUUCGCAGGCGAUCGCUUGUGGGUGAAGAUUUUCAGGAGAUAUUGCAGACGAGAUGGACCUUUGAAUCGAUUCAAUGUGACGGAGAUUGUGUCGAUUGCUGCGGAUAUGGUGCAGUAUGAAGAGGAUAAGCAACGGCGAUACRGUGAAGUUGAGGAAUGGGUGCGAAUUGCGAAGCGGUAUAUGUGGACGAAGCCGAAGCUUCAGGGGUCCGGACAGGAGAAUUAUGUUGAUGAUGAUUAG